AUGGGGUGUGGUGGUGUUAAAAGUGGUGUUUUUGUGGGAUUUUUGUUUGCUUUGUUUGUGGGAAAUUGUGUUGAGGGAAGAAAGUUGGUGGCGGUGGAGAAAGGUGGUGGUGGCGGGGAUGAUGUAAAGAAGCCAGAAUGGUUUGUUGAUGAUCAGCCGGGAUUUGGUGGAGGCGGUGGUGGUGGUUGGGGUGGAGGCGGUGGUGGUGGUGGUUCUUUUAGUUUUGGGAUUGGAAAUGGGGUGGGUUUUACGAUUGGGGGUGAUGAUAAGAAAGUUGUGAAACCUGAUUGUGUUGGGAAAGAAAAAGGUGGUGGCAAUAAAGGGAAGAAGCAUAACAAGAAGGAGAAAAGCCACCAUGGUCAUGAUAGUGGUAGUAGUGGAGGUGGAAUAGGGAAAGGAGGAGGUGGUGGCGGUGGCAUUGGUAAGGGAAAUGGCGGUGGUGGUGGAAUUGGGAAAGGGAAAGGGAAAGGGAAAGGUGGUGGGAUUGGAGGUGGUGGCGGUGCUGGUGGAGGAAUAGGAAAGGGAGAUGGUGGUGGUGGUGGUGCUGGUGGAGGAAUAGGAAAGGGAGAUGGUGGUGGAGCUGGAGGUGGAAUUGGUGGAGGUUCUGGUGGUGGAGUAGGAAAGGGAGGUGGCGAUAGUGGUGGUGGUGGAGGUGGAAUUGGAGGGGGUUCUGGUGGAGGAGUAGGAGGAGGGAUUGGAGGCGGUAGAGGGACAGGAGGAGGGAUUGGUGGCGGUGGAGGGACAGGAGGAGGAAUUGGUGGCGGUGGAGGAGUAGGAGGUGGUGGGAUGGGCGGUGGUGGUGGAGGAGGCAUGGGCGGUGGUGGUGGGUCCGGAGGAGGAGUUGGAGGAGGUUUCGGAGGAGGCAUUGGAGGAGGUGGUGGAGGUAUGGGCGGUGGGGGAGGAGGAGGCGGUGGAAUUGGUGGAGGUGGUGUUGGAGGAGGCAAUGGCUCCGGAGGUGGAUUUGGAGGAGGUAUCGGAAAAGGAUCUGGUGGAGGAUUUGGUGGUGGGGCAGGUGGAGGCUUCGGCGGAAGUAGUGGUGGCGGGUUUGGUGGGGGCGCUGGUGGUGGAUUCGGUGGAGGAAUAGGUGGCGGUGGUGGAGGCUUUGGUGGAGGCGGAGGUGGAGGCAAAUGA